UAUAAAUUCAUUUAAAUUUUACUUACGAUGAAGACAAAAAACAAAAAAACCAUGUACAAAAUUGAUUCCUGUCAUGAAAAAUUUAAAAGCCUAACAAAUGAUAUAUGCAACAAACCUAGUUACCAUACAGUAUGCUAUAGACCUAUUGUGGAUAGAAGUCUUCUAACACACCGUGAUUAUCUUAAGAUGCUAUCAACUCCUAGGGGAUUCAAAUGGAUAGAUAUGCCAUUACACUAUAAGAAAGGAUAUAAUUCAUACAAAUUUCGUAAGCAAAAAAAUGAAAAAUAUAAUGUUUAUGGUCAACAAAAAAUGAAUUAUGGAAAAGCAUAUAAUAUACAAAAAAAAACCAUAAAUAAUCAAAAGCAAGGAAAAAUGAUUGAUACUUUGAAUUUAAAUAAUAAUAAUUUUAAAUCUAAAAAAUUACAAAGUCAACGAAAAAAUAUUUUACAAAAUGAUAAAAUUAUGCAAAAUAAUGCCAGUAAAACAAAAAUAAAAAAUUUUAAAAUCAAUAAAUAUGGAAUGGGAGAUGACUUAAAAAGUAAAACUGAUUCAUUGAUUCAAAAAUAUGAAGAUAGUUCUAGUGAGAAACUAAAAAAAAUAAAAGAUCAGCAAGAAGCUGAUGAUUUUAUGAAAAAAAAAAAAAGGUUGUGGUUAAAAGCUGAGAAAAAACGUAAAAAAAGAGAGGAAGAAGAAAAUAAAUUUAAAUCUUCUAUCCUAGCUAAAGAAAAAGAAAAAGAAGAACRGCGGAAAAUUAUGGAAGAAAAAAUURAAAUUCAAUCAAAACGCGACAAAAUAUUGGAAGAACAAAGAAAACAAGAAUUAGAAAAUGAAAAGAAAGAAAUUGGAAAAGCGCAGGUAAGAGCGAAAAAAAAAGUACUAAAAGAAAAUGAUACAUUAUCAAAAGAAGCUGAAAGGCAACGCAGGCUUGACACACUCAAAAAAGAAGAAGAGGAAGCGUGGAGAAAAAAAAUUAACGAGAAAUUUGCCCUAAAAAUGGGUUAUAAAAUAAAUUCAAAUAUUACCAACAAAAAAAAUGAACAUUCUAUGUGUAAUAAUGGUAAUAAAAGAUUAACUCAAUAUGCCGAAAAAAUACUUAAAGAAAUAAAACAAAACAAUCUAGUUUUUGAUCCAGGAAAUUUAAUGAAACAAAUUAUCAAGAGAGAAUUGAACAAGGCUGAAAACAAAAAGGUAAAACAAAAAAGCCGGCAGCGAUUGUGUCAGCCAUGCAAUAAAAAAAUAAAAAAUAUGAUUACAAUAAAAACUGAAAAAAAAAAGGAAAAACCAGAUCAGUCAAAAAAAAUAGUGUUUCUAAACUCUAAAAACAUGAACAGAGUAAAUCAGUUAACAGAAGUAAAAUCAAUUGAACAUUGUAUACUAAACAAACCCAAGACAUUGUUAGAAUACAAAAUUCCAGAUAUACAUUGCUAUAGUAAUACAUCAUUCAACACACUUGUGAGUAAUUGGAAAAAGGAAGUGGCUGAUAUGAUAGAUAAUAUGCAAAAACGUCGGUAUAACUGUACAAAACAGUAUAGUACAUAAAACAUGAAUAUAUUUAACAUCAGAUUUUAUGAUUUCCUUCAAAAUUUGUAUGCAGCAUUUUUUUUUUCGUUCAAAAUAUAAAUACUUGUAGUUUUCUUUAA